AUUUAAUUUGGAUGGGGUUUGUUAGGAAAAGAUAAAAUAAUUUGCAUAGUUUUAGUUUUUGAGUCAACCAAAUGGAUCAAUAGAUUAAUUGAGAAAAAGAAAAGAAAAAAGAAAUCAAUCAUAAUGUUUUCGAAUUUUUUGGAAAGCUUAUACGAUGGAAUCGGAGACGAUGACGCCGCCGACGACGACGAAGACAACAACAACGACGAGAAAACCCCGAAAGCCUCAACGGAAAGACACGAUUUCUCGAGAAACGCCGUUCGUUUGUCACCGGAAGAGGAGGCUCAAGCGCGUGGGGUUAAAGAUGAUUUGACGGAACUUGGUCAUACCCUCACGCGUCAAUUUCGUGGUGUGGCUAACUUUCUCGCUCCGUUACCUGAUGGAUCUUCUUCUUCUUCCUCCGAUCUAUCGAACCAUCCCAGGUUUAACCAAUCUCGGUCUUCAGAUCCUGGAUUGAAUCAAUCGCGUUCUUCAGAUCGGGACGAAUCGUGUGUUGGAAGUGAUACGCCGGAGACUGGAAUUAGGUUUAGGAGCUGGGAUUUAGAAGAAAAAUUGGCAGAAGGCAAUGAUCCGGAGGAUGAGGAAGAAGAAGAAGAGGAAACAGAUGAAGAAGAAGAAGAAGAAGAAGAGAUCGCUGCGGUUGCUCUUACAGACGAAGUGCUAGCAUUUGCGAGGAACAUAGCAAUGCAUCCAGAAACUUGGUUGGAUUUUCCUCUUGAUCCUGACGAAGAUCUUGAUGAUUUGGAAAUGAGUGAUGCUCAAAGAGGUCAUGCUUUAGCUAUUGAGCGUCUUGCUCCGAGGUUAGCUGCAUUGAGAAUAGAGCUUUGUCCAUGUCAUAUGAGUGUUGGUUACUUCUGGAAAGUCUAUUUUGUUCUUCUUCUUUCAAGGCUCAAUAAACACGAUGCUCAUCUUUUGUCUUCUCCACAGGUGAUGGAAGCUAGAGCAUUGUGGAUGAAAGAGCUUCAGAAUCAGACACAUUCUUCAAAAGAAAGUAGAGAUAUGAUUCUUGAGGAAGAAGAUAUUACACCAUCAACUUCUAAUUACUACAACCAUGCUCCUCCUGAGUUUCUUUCUCCAAGAAUAUAUGCUUUUGAACCUCCUUCGAUUAUGUAUCGCGAUUUUGAACACGGGUUUGAAAACGCUCAGUUCAUCGAUAAAGCUGUUAUUGAGGAAAAACCAAUCCAGAAGAACGACAAAAAUAGUGCAAGCCUUAGCCAAACAUCUAAAGAUGUUGUUGAUGAUGAUGAUGAUGAUUGGCCAGAAGAAGAAGAUUCUGCUAAUUCUUGGGCUCCAAUGUUUACAGUGAAUGAGGAUGAUGUUUCUUUCAGUGAUCUUGAAGGAGACGACGAUAUAAGUAGCUUAGCACUCAAGUCUAAGAUUACAUCAAAGGGCACAGACCAAAAAGGAACAUGAAACAUCAUCUGGCUUGUUGCUUUGCCCUGCCUCACGAGAUCGAAUCAAUAGAAUUGAACAUAAGUACUGUGUGCUGAGUCAAAUCGUGGAAGUCUUUUGGGUGAGUUUGAUUGUUUUGUGGAUUUAUGAUGUUUGCUCUCAAAGAGAAGGAAGAAAGAAAGAAAAAGGUUUUGAUUGAAACAUGUACAGAAGAUUUACUUUGACACUGCAAUUUCAUUGUAAUGUUCUCUCUCGCCAAAUGUAAUGAAAUAUUGAAAAGCACUAUUUCAUUCGCGUGGAACUUAAAAGAAAUUGAUAGAGAAUGGCGCAAGUGAAUUCAAGUGUAACAAACUGUUAGAAUCAUUAUUGGAUUGGAAAAUCAUAUGGGAUUUUAUUGCUUAUGUUGAGGAUUUGUAUGUAUGAAA